UCUCUCUCCUCUUCACCCCAUAUUGCACCACCUCUCCUUAAGAUUACAUGAUGACGUCAUCCCAUCAGAGCCACACCACCAGUUUCAAACCACGGAGGAUCAAGACGACGGCGAAACCACCACAUCGGAACAAUCACAUGGAACCGUCAUCGGCGUCGCAGCCGGUACUCAAAUGUCCGAGAUGUGAUUCAGCCAACACCAAAUUCUGCUACUUCAACAACUACAGCUUGUCUCAGCCACGUCACUACUGCAAGAACUGCCGCCGUUACUGGACACGUGGCGGAGCCCUCCGUAACGUCCCCAUCGGUGGUUCAACCAGAAACAAGAACAAGCCUUGCAACCUCCACGUCAUCUCUUCUCCUCCUCCGAAUGUGACGUCAUUGUCGUCGUCCUACGAGCUUGUUGAUGGGUUUCGUAUGAACAGAGGAAUUAUAAACCCUCCUUCGACGGCGUUUUCAGGUGGAUUCUCCGGCUACAUGUUCCCGUUAGAUCCUAAUUACAGUCUUGCAUCUUCUUCUAUCGAGUCUUUGAGUUCUUUAAACCAAGAUUUGCACCAGAAGCUUCAGCAACAGAGACUCAUCACUUCCAUGUUUCUCCAAGAUUCUCUUCCGGUUACAGAGAAACCGGUUAUGUUUCAAAACGUUGAGCUGAUUCCUCCUUCGACCACGACGACUGAUUGGAUUUUCGAUAGAUCCGCCAACGGAGCAGGAUCAACAAGUGGCACUAAUGGAAAUAAUGGUGAAGGUGAAGGUAAUUUUGGAAUUUGGUACCAUACUGCUAAUAAUACUCUGCCCUAAUUAAUUUGUUUUCAAUGUCAUUACCAUUAUUAGUCUCUACUAUUGUAGCUAGCAUGCAGAAGCUAUGGUUGAAAAAAUUAGUAUUAA